CAUUAGAAAAAGGAUUUAGUAAUCUGAACCUGGAAGAAGACUUGAAUAUAGAAUCAUUCGCCAGGACACCAAAAAUCCCACCAGCGGUACCUCCAAAGAAAAAGGCACAACCCCAAGUACCACACAGUUCUAUUUAAUGUAGCAUCAUUCAACAACAAAAAUGAUGACGAAUUGCCGCCGCCACCACCUCCUCCGCCGUUAAAUGCUAUGCCAAACCAAUAUAAUGCUAAAGAAGCACAAGAUGAUUAUUUGCCACCACCAUCGCCCGUUAGUUCAAACUACAGUGAAUUAGCCCGUGCCACAGCGAAUUUGAGCUAUAACCAAGAAAGAACCAAUUACCCACCCAUAUAUCAGAAUGAAUACCCAGUCUACGGUUCUUCUCAGGGUUCGACAUAUGAAUCAUUGUACGAGCCAAUAAAUCCACGUCCGCAGAGUGCAAUCUCAGCCCAGACCGUGGAUUCGCACCAAAUUCACAACAAUAAGACUCUGCCCAAGGAGGAAGAAGUGGACGCUCUGACCAAUCUCCUAGUAAAGUCGAUUUCAGACAGCCAAGAUUUAGGUGUAUUUGGAAUGUGUAUAAGAUGUAAUGAAAGAGUAAAAGCAGAGAAAGAAGGAUGUACUGCAAUGGGAAAUUUAUACCACGUGACUUGUUUUUGUUGCUAUCACUGCAAUUCAAAUUUACAAGGGAAACCAUUUUAUGCUGUUGAGGGCCAACCAUACUGCGAAACCGAUUACUAUGAGACACUUGAGAAGUGCUCUGUGUGUGAAAUGCCGAUAUUAGAUAGAAUAUUAAGAGCUACUGGGAAGCCGUACCACCCUGCCUGCUUUACUUGUGUGAUGUGUGGAAAAAGUCUUGAUGGUAUACCAUUUACUGUUGAUGCCAUGAAUCAAAACCAUUGUAUUGAAGAUUUUCAUAAAAAGUUUGCACCCCGUUGCUGUGUUUGUGAACUACCAAUAAUGCCUGAGGAUGGAGAAGAGGAAACUGUACGCGUUGUAGCCUUGGACAGAAGUUUCCAUGUUCGCUGUUAUCGAUGUGAGGACUGCGGCCUUCGCUUAUCUUCAGAAGCAGAAGGGCGGGGCUGUUAUCCACUAGAUGACCAUAUUCUUUGCAAAAACUGCAAUGCACACCGAGUUCGUCUAUUGACUAAUGUAAUGACAACUGAUUUGUAAAAACGUAUUCAUUAUGAAUUUUGUUUAUCCAUUCGAAUGAGAGUGCAAGAGUACAAAGUCUUCUUGCUUGUACUCUUCGGAUAUGGCUAUUAAAGAAACACUAAAACUGUACCAGAUUAUUAUGAAGUGGAAAUACUAAUUGUAAUGAAUAAUAUGUAUAAAUCUACAGUGUCAUUCAAUACUAAUAUAAAUUAGGUCUCAUUUCUUAUCUUGAAUAACCAUAACUAUUUAUACAGUUAAAUACCUACCUAUAUUUUUUUAUCAUGUAAUGCAUUUUUAGGUAUUAUUAGUAAGUGAACGAAUAUUAUCUGAUGACGAUGAUUAUAAUUAGCAAAGUCAAAGACGAGUUAAAUUAAAAUUUUACGGAAGAUUUAUCUUAUUAUAAAAUCUAUUAACUUUUAAUACCAUAAUUAUAAAGUAUGUGUAGGUGUACUCAAGUGCCA